GAGGAGAGCAGAGGAUAAGAAGCUUGCAUAGGAGCAUGUGAGCUAGCAUUGACGACAGGCUCUCACUGAGAAACAGCCUUAUAUACCAGAGCUAAAAUUAGGGGCGAGUAUUGCUCUACCUCCAUCCUGAACGUGUUUCCUCCGCUUACUACAAUUGGUCCAGCUUUGCAGCGACGAUAUUUAUAAGGUAGGCUCUCCUACCAAUCCAAACUUACUUAUGCGUUUGAAUUACUGUACGAGAGUGGGGAAACAGAUCGUUCAAAUCAACUUAUAGUAUUUCUCCACGGAACCGACACACAGAUUACAUCUGGCAACUCAAGUUUAACUAGAGAGAAAUUUUUAUUUCUCUUACAACUGCAUCUUCUGGAUAUGGCUCUAGCCGCAACUAUUUUGCCUUCAAUCUCUACUUUUGCUGCUCAGAGGGAAAAAUAUUGGGAUAGUAGGUGGAAGGGUGACAUUGACAGGUCCAUGCAUUCCAGCUGCUCCAUACUCGACACCACACUGAAAAUGGACAGCCUUGGAAGACCGGAGGACGAGGAUCUUGACAAGUAUUUGGACUUGGAUUUUAUUCUGGCGAAUACCACCGGAGUUGGAAAUGCAGCCACUCCUGUGGCUGCAGUUACGGGCGAGUACAGACUGCCAGAAUCAAACAGUAUGUACAACGAGGGGAUCGGACCAAAUACUUACCCGAUGCCCGAACUGAACACUCCUCCUCCACCGUACAGCACCAGUCUCAUGGCGGAACUUCUCAGGUCCGAGGUGGAUAACAACUAUUGCCAGCUUCCUGGCAACAACAUUCAAGGGAGAUUCCUUGUCAGACCGUCCUUCUCAAGUCAGGAAUUUCUGGACAACGUCAAAACAGAGCCCAAUAUGGACGGUUACGGGCCAGCCAUGGGGAUGGUACCUAAAAUCAAGCAAGAGGCAAACGUUUCCUGUAUGAUGUCCUUUGAGCAACCGAGAGUUGCUCACUCUCCGCAGGCAACGGGGAACAUGACUCCACCUCUAAGUCCAAAUGAUCUCUUGAACUCGGACUGCCAGCCUCAACUGUGCCACACUAUGUCGUUUUCCCAGGGCUACCCUACGACAGGUUUCCCCCACUCAAACGCGCACCCGCAUCACCCACCCCCGUCUCAUCAAAUCCAAAUGUCAUACCCAAGCGCGCACCAUUACAGUAUGUGUGAAGACGGACUCGGCGCAGCGAUGAACAACCAAAGAGUUUUGCUAACGCCUCCAUCAUCUCCGCUCGACCUUAUGGAUGCGAAACCCAAGAGAGGUCGACGCACUUGGCCAAGGAAGCGGACCGCAAGUCAUGUUUGCACGUUUGAGGGAUGUGGCAAAACAUACACCAAGAGCUCGCACCUGAAAGCGCACCAUCGGACGCAUACCGGUGAAAAGCCAUACCACUGUAGCUGGGAGGGAUGCGGCUGGAAAUUCGCCCGGUCUGACGAGUUGACCCGCCAUUUCCGUAAACACACCGGACACCGUCCUUUCCAGUGCCAUCUCUGCGAGCGCGCCUUCUCUAGGUCCGAUCACCUGGCAUUGCAUAUGAAAAGGCAUAUGUAAGAGGUGGUCCAGGACCAUCCAAUGAACUCUUUACACUGAUGCAGGCAUACAAGAAAGUAUGCUUUUGAAAUUUGCAUUCUUUUUUAACUCAGCAUAUUUAAGGAUUUUCUAGGGAAAAACAAACGUUUGUCAGUAGGCCUACAGACGGACAUGGAUACACUUGACAUAGUAUUCUAUCGAUCUGAAUUAUGUAGCUGGUACUACUUUUUAACAAAUUAUAUUUUAAGACUGUUAGGCUUUCAUCUGUCAUUAACAGUAGGCUGGACCUAAGUACAUAACUGACUGGAAACAUACUGGAACCAUACAGCAAACCUCUAAAGAUUGUGAGCUGUUACUUUUCUCACCACAUUGCCUUAUUGUAAACAAUGUAUUUACAUUCAUAUGAGUGCCAUUGGAUGUUUUGACAAAUAUAUAGGCCUAUAUAUAUUUUCGAAUCUCUCAAUUUUAAAACAGCACAAGAAAUAAGCUUUAAGACAAUGUUUUUGAACUAAAACUGCCUUUCAGUCUCAGGCUUGAACUUGGUGUUUCAUAUGUGCGUUGUUUCGAAGAUUGUAAAUCAGGGUCUAUAACUAUGCUUUGACAUGUUUUAUGUAAAUGCGAUGCAAACUCUUUCUGUAAAAAAAACAUUCCAGACAGUCCCAGGUGUUUAAUGUGCCUGUGAACAAAAAAGUGAAUUGUGUAAAAUUACAAGUUUUGUAUGUGAAGCCUUUCGACUUGUACAUAAUUUAUACAAUGUAUAAAUGUAAUGUAAAAUAUAGUGUAUUUUAUGUACAUCAUAAACGUGAUUGAACAAUUUA